UCAAAAUGGCGGAGCGGGGCGGGCGAGGUACCAGCAGCGGCAGUGACAGCAGCCUGGACAAGAGCAUCACUCUCCCGCCUGACGAGAUCUUCCGCAACCUGGAGAACGCCAAGUGCUUCGCCAUAGACAUCGGUGGGUCGUUAACCAAGUUGGCUUAUUAUUCAACUGUGCAGCAUAAAGUAGCAAGAGUGAGAUCUUUUGAUCAUUCUGGAAAGGACAUAGAACAUGAAUCUCCAUAUGAAAUUACAGUUCAAGAGGAAAUCACGGCUCGACUGCACUUCAUUAAAUUUGAGAACACUUACAUUGAAACCUGCUUAGAUUUCAUUAAAGACCAUCUUGUCAACACAGAAACUAAAGUGCUCAAAGCCACAGGGGGUGGUGCCUACAAAUUCAAAGAUCUCAUUGAGAAGAAACUAGGACUGAAGGUGGAUAAAGAAGAUGUAAUGACUUGCCUAAUUAAAGGGUGUAACUUUGUGUUAAAAAAUAUACCCCAUGAGGUGUUUGCAUACCAGAAAGAUUCAGAUACGGAAUUCCGAUUUCAGACAAAUCAUCCAAAUAUUUUCCCUUAUUUGCUAGUCAAUAUUGGCUCUGGGGUUUCUAUAGUGAAGGUGGAAACAGAGGACAAAUUUGAAUGGAUUGGAGGGAGUUCAAUCGGAGGGGGAACCUUCUGGGGUCUAGGAGCUUUACUCACAAAAACAAAGAAAUUUGAUGAAUUGCUGCAGCUUGCUUCAAAGGGACAGCAUACAAAUGUUGACAUGCUGGUGAAAGAUGUGUAUGGUGGGGCCUACCAGACACUGGGGUUAAGUGGAAAUCUAAUAGCCAGCAGCUUUGGGAAAUCUGCCACAGCAGAUAAAGAAUUUUCUAAAGAUGAUAUGGCAAAGAGUUUACUGCACAUGAUCAGUAAUGACAUUGGACAGCUUGCCUGCCUCUAUGCGAAACUCCAUAACCUACACAAAAUUUACUUCGGAGGAUUCUUUAUUCGGGGUCACCCAGUCACUAUGCGCACAAUCACCUACAGUAUUAACUUCUUCUCCAAGGGAGAGGUUCAGGCAUUGUUCCUGAGACAUGAAGGCUACCUGGGAGCCAUUGGGGCAUUUUUAAAAGGAGCUGAACAAGACAAUCCCAACCAGUACAGUUGGGGAGAGAAUUAUGCUGGGAGUUCUGGCCUUAUGAGCACUUCACCCGAUCUCUGCCCCAUGCAACGUGCAAGGAGUGGAACGUUUGACAUGUUCGAAAUGGAUCGGUUGGAGCGACCGCUUGUUAACCUACCCUUGCUAAAGGACCCAUCCACAUACAUCCCUGACACUGUUGACCUCACUGAUGAUGCCAUGGCCAGGAAAUACUGGCUCACUUGCUUUGAGGAGGCUUUGGAUGGGGUAGUGAAUCGUGCUAUGGUCAGUCAGCCAGACUCUAUGGAUGCAGCUGAGCGAGCCGAAAAGUUCCGACAGAAGUAUUGGAAUAAGCUUCAGACACUCAGACAGCAGCCUUUUGCCUACGGCACCUUAACAGUUAGAAGUUUGUUGGAUACGAGGGAACACUGUCUAAAUGAAUUCAACUUUCCAGACCCCUAUUCAAAGGUAAAGCAGAAAGAAAAUGGCAUAGCGUUAAAAUGUUUUCCAAGCGUAAUCGAAUCUUUGGAUUCAUUAGGCUGGGAGGAGAGGCAGUUUGCUCUGGUGAAAGGACUUCUUGCGGGGAAUGUCUUUGACUGGGGAGCAAAAGCAGUCUCAGACGUUCUGGAAUCUGAGCCACAAUUUGGAUUUGAAGAAGCCAAGGAAAAAUUGCAAGAGCGCCCGUGGCUAGAAGAUUCCUACAGUGAGUGGAUACAACGACUAAAGGAAGGUCCCCCUCAUAAAUGUGCCUUAAUUUUCGCAGAUAACAGUGGAAUAGACAUCAUUUUAGGAGUCUUCCCCUUUGUCAGAGAGCUACUCUCUAGAGGUACAGAGGUUAUAUUGGCUUGUAACUCUGGCCCUGCACUAAACGAUGUUACCUACAGUGAAUCCUUGAUUGUCGCUGAGCGGAUAGCAGCAAUGGAUCCCAUUAUACAAUCUGCGCUGACGGAAGAGAGGUUGCUGUUGGUACAAACAGGCUCCAGUUCCCCAUGUUUAGAUCUGAGCCGGCUGGACAAAGGCCUGGCCCUGCUGGUCAGGGAGCGGAGGACUGACUUGGUUAUAAUCGAAGGGAUGGGCCGCGCUAUCCAUACGAAUUACUAUGCAGCUCUGCAGUGCGAGAGCCUCAAACUUGCAGUCAUCAAAAACUCAUGGUUGGCUGAUCGGCUGGGCGGGAAAAUCUUCAGUGUCAUCUUUAAGUAUGAAGUGCCACGCAAGUGACCGGGGUGGAGGCCUGAAGUGUGGCAGCAAUGGACUUGCACUAGUUUUACUUUAAUUGUAAAGAAUGUAUUUUUAUUACGACAGGGAAAAUGAGUUCACAUGAAAUUCCAUAUUUAUACUGUGCUUUGUGACUUAAAGCAACAAUAUUCAUUAUAUAAAAAAUACACCCAAAAUAUAUAUGUAUAUCACUCACUGUUUAUUUUGGUAAGUGUUUAUUUUAAUGCUGCAGUAUUUGUGAUGGAAAGACUUUAUUUUUUUGUUCUGUGAGACAUUCAUAUAGAAAUAUAUUUAAAUGUCAAUGAACUCUUUUUAUAUAUCUCUGCUUACUAUGCCAGCAGUGACUUGGCACAUACCAAAUAGAGUUUUUAAAGUGCUGAAA